AUGAAGUCGGUUAAUUCUAAAAAGACUAGAAAAUUAAAUACUUUUUACUUAGAAAAUAGACAACACGUUAAUUUGUCUGCUACAUCAAUCCAACAAUCUUCAACCGUUACUAAUGUUCUUUCUUCAAUUAACAACGAAAAAAACAACCAUAUGUACUACUUGCAAGCAAAAGAGAAUAGAAGACGGAGAAAAUUAUAUUUGGAUAAUAAGCGAUUGAAGGCAACAAAUAUAAGAUCCAGCAUUAUAAAUCCAUCAACUCCACAUGUCUUAAAAAACAUGGAUAGCUAUCAAUUUAAGAGCGUUGGUCUUCAAAAUGAAAAUGUUCAUUCAUAUAGAUCUCGAGGAAAUGAAAAUACGCCGUUACAAUUUUCUCCUUCAUACAUAAAUGUUAGAACUCCGUUAUCUAACAUUACAAAUGCUAACAUUGGUUUCAAUAACUACCCCACUUCAACGUUAGCAAAUAAAAGUAACUACUCUGUGCUUUCAAAAGAUAUGACAUCCAGAACUGCAUCUACAAUAUGUCAAUCUUCAUCAUCGAUCAUGUUAAAUCCAGGAUGUCAUAAAUUAAAAAGGAAAUCGAAACAUUUAUCUCCUAUUCCAUUAAUUGACCUAACAGCAGAUAUAGAAAAUAUACAUGAGGUCGUAUCUGAAAACUUAAUCGUUGGUAUUUCCAAAGAAUAUUUGGAUCAUGGUGAUCAGAUUGUUGUAUGCCAAACAUGUCGUGCAAAGUUAUGGACAAAUGAAUCCAUUAGAGGCAAACAAAAAAAGAGCACCAAUUUUUCAUUAUGUUGUGGUUAUGGCAAGGUUCAACUACCAGAUUUAAAAAAGGCACCACCAACUUAUGAAAGAAUGUUUCAAUCAAACGAUUGUAAAAGCAAAAACUUCAGGAAAAAUAUACGACGUUACAAUUCAAUGUUUUCUUUUACAUCGAUGGGUGGUAAGAUUGAUUCUUCAAUCAAUAGAGGAAAUGCUCCAUACAUUUUCAGACUUGGUGGCCAAAAUUAUCAUAGUAUUGGAAGUCUUUUACCAGCAAAAGGAUUGCAACCAAAAUUCUCUCAAUUAUACAUUUAUGAUACUGAUAAUGAAAAUUCAAAUAGGCAGAGAUGUUUUCGUGGGGAAAACCAACAAUCUACAUCAUUUGAUAAUGAUAUUAUUGAAGAAUUGAAGGUCAUGCUAGAUUCAAAUAAUGUUUUGGUUAGCUCUUAUAGAAUGGUAAGAGAUGCUUUUCAGAAAAAUCCUCACGUUGAUAUGAAGUUAAGAAUUAUCGGGAAAAGGAAUCGUGAUGGAAGAACAUAUAACCUACCAACUGCUUCUGAGGUUGCAGCUUUAAUUGUAGGUGACAUUUCAGAUUCGAUUGAAAAUAGAGAUAUCGUUGUUCAAACAAAAUCGGGUUUUCUACAACGUAUCAGUGAAUUGCAUCCUUCUUACCUUCCUCUCCAAUAUCCACUACUAUUUCCAUAUGGGGAUGAUGGUUAUAGUGUUGACAUUCUUCAUAGAGGAAUUACGGAUACAACCAACAGCAAGCGGGCAACAUGUACAAUGAGAGAAUUUUUCGCUUUUAGAAUUCAAGACAGGGAUCAUUCGUUCUCACUGAUUCUUAAUUCAAAAAGGUUGUUUCAACAAUUUCUGGUAGAUGCGUAUACUAUGAUUGAAAGUGAGAGAUUGCAUUACAUACGCAGACAACAACAUGUUCUUAGAUGCGAGUCUUAUGAGAAUUUACGUAAGCAAAAAGCUCAAGGAGCUACAAGUAUCUCCAACGUCGGACAACGUGUGAUAUUACCUUCAUCAUUUACUGGUGGUGCACGCUAUAUGCUUCAAAACUAUUUGGAUGCCAUGUCGUUAUGUAAAUGGUAUGGAUAUCCUGAUUUCUUCAUAACCUUUACGUGUAAUCCCAAAUGGCCAGAGGUGAAAAGGUUUCUUAAGGAUACUUCACUUCAACCAGAAGACAGACCUGAUAUACUAUGUAGGUUGUUCAAGAUCAAGCUUGAUGCAUUUAUUAAAGACUUAAGGAAGAAUCAUAUCUUCGGCAUAGUUCAAGCAGUUGUUUAUACAAUUGAAUUUCAAAAAAGAGGUUUGCCACAUAGUCAUAUAUGUCUAUUCAUGCAUUCUGACUACAAGCUACCCACUGUUGAAUUAAUCGAUCCCAUAAUAUCCGCCGAAAUACCAAACAAAGAUGAAGAUCCUGAAUUGUAUUCACUUGUGAAUGAGUUCAUGAUUCAUGGUCCAUGUGGAGCUGAAAAUAUCAAUUGCCCAUGCAUGGUGGACAAAAAGUGCUCUAAAAACUUUCCAAAGCAAUUCUGCAAUCAUACAUCUGUUGAUCAGGAUGGUUUUCCCUUAUAUAGGAGAAGAAACAAUGGUCAUUUUGUUGAAAAAUCAGGUGUCAAGUUGGAUAAUAGAAAUGUUGUCCCCUACAACAAAUAUCUAUUGAAAAGAUAUCAGGCACAUAUUAAUGUUGAAUGGUGCAAUCAGGGAUCGUCUAUAAAGUAUUUAUUCAAAUACAUAAACAAAGGACCAGAUAGAGCUACAAUUGCCGUUGUACGAAGCAACAAUGAUUGUGAUAAUCAUGAUGUGGUCGAUGAAAUAAAUGAAUAUUACGAUUGUAGAUAUUUAUCUGCAUGUGAAGCAUCAUGGCGAAUUUUUACAUAUGAUGUUCAUUACAGAUAUCCUUCUGUGGUUAGACUACCUUUUCAUCUUCCUGGUCAACAACAGAUUGUAUAUGGGGAAGACGAUGAUAUUGAUGAUGUUUUGGACAAACCUUCUGUUGCUGCUUCAAUGUUCACAGCUUGGAUGGAGUGUAAUGUAAUUUCAAGUGAUGCACGAAAACUUACGUAUGUUGAGUUUCCUACAAAGUUUGUUUGGAAUCGUAAGGAUAGGUUUUGGAAGCCUAGGGAAGUAGGAAAGUGCAUUGGUAGAAUUCAUUCGGUUUCACCUAAUCUAAAGGAAGCUUAUUUCUUAAGGAUUCUUUUAAAUAAGGUGAAAGGUCCGAGAUCAUUUGAAGAGAUUCGCACAGUAAAUGGUGAAGAAUAUUUGUCUUUUAGAGAUGCUUGUUAUGCUCUUGGGCUUUUGGAUGAUGACAAAGAAUACAUCGAUGCAAUUAAAGAAGCAAGUCAUUCUGGAUCUGGUUUUUAUCUACGAUUUUUAUUUGCCACAUUGUUAAUGUGUAACAGUAUGUCUAAACCAGAAGUUGUUUGGGAAAAUACAUGGGAAUAUUUGGCGGAUGGAAUUCUUUAUAAUCAACGACAGAGAUUAAAGUUAUCAGGCUUAACUCUUAGUGAAGAUCGGCUUAUGAACUUAACUCUAUACGAGAUAGAACAGAUUUUACUUCGUAACAACAACACUCUCAAAAAUUUUAAAAACAUGCCUUACCCGGACGUUGAUUAUGUUUCUUCUUCAAACAAUCGACUUAUCACCGAGGAGCUAGAUUAUGACAUUUCCAUUAUAAAGACUGAGUUUGACCGUAUGUUUCUUGCAUUAACAAAUGAGCAACGUGACAUUUUCCUUGAUAUCAUGGGUGCAGUUAAAAAAAAUAAAGGAGGUGUCUUCUUUGUUUAUGGUUAUGGUGGAACAGGUAAAACUUUUUUAUGGAAGACAAUAUCUGCAGCAAUUAGAUGUGAUGGUCAUAUCGUUUUAAAUGUUGCUUCAAGUGGAAUUGCUUCAUUAUUAUUGCCCGGAGGUAGAACAGCCCACUCUCGAUUUAUAAUUCCAUUUGAACUUACUGAGGAUUCUGUAUGUAAAAUAAAUCGAAAUAGUGAGCUCGCUAGCUUAUUGAGAAAAACAUCUUUGAUAAUUUGGGAUGAAGCACCUAUGGUCCAUAAGCAUGCAUUUGAAGCUUUAGAUCGAAGUUUAAAAGAUGUAUUGAGGUCUGAAAAUUCUACCGAGUUGAAUAUUCCAUUUGGAGGGAAAGUUAUUGUUUUUGGAGGAGAUUUCAGACAAAUUUUGCCUGUUAUUCCGGGUGGCAGCAGACAAAACAUUGUUAACGCUUCUUUAAGUUCUUCAUAUUUAUGGCAACAUUGCAAAAUCCAUAAGUUAACAAAAAACAUGAGGCUAACGGUUGGAAGGGAUCAGUCAGCUGUAGAAAAAAUAAAAGAUUUUGCAGAAUGGCUAUUGGAUAUAGGAGAAGGAAAACUUGGUGGUCAGAAUGACGGCGAAACGGUUAUUGAUAUUCCAGAUGAUAUUCUCAUUAGUGAUCCAAAGGAUCCUAUAGGUUCAUUAAUUGAGUUUGUAUAUCCUUCGAUUUUGGAUAAUUACAACGAUACAAGUUAUUUUCAAGAAAGAGCAAUACUAGCUCCAAAGAAUGAAGUGGUUCAGGAAAUAAAUGACCGUUUGCUAUUGAAGUUUCCAGGAGAUGAGGUUGAAUAUUUAAGUUUAGAUAGUAUAUGCCAAUCUGAAUUUGUCCAUGAUCAGUUUGAUGCAGAUUUAUACUCACCUGAUGUUUUAAAUGGUCUCAAAGUUUCGGGUCUACCAAAUCAUAAGUUAGUUUUAAAAAUCGGUGUUCCGGUUAUGUUACUAAGAAAUAUUGAUCAAAAAAAUGGCUUAUGUAAUGGAACAAGACUCCAAGUGCUAUCAUUGGGCAAACGUGUUAUCGAGGCACGUAUCUUAUCUGGAACUAAUAUUGGAAAUCGGACUUUUAUUCCAAGAAUGUCUUUAACGCCAUCAGAAAAAAAAAUUCCAUUCAAAUUCAAAAGAAGACAAUUUCCAUUGGCUGUAUGUUUUGCUAUGACUAUUAAUAAGAGUCAAGGACAAUCGUUAUCCAAGGUUGGCUUGUACCUCAAAGAUCCUGUUUUUUCACAUGGGCAAUUAUAUGUUGCCUUAUCUAGAGUUCAAAGCAGAGAGGGAUUAAAAUUGUUAAUUUUAGAUAAGGAUGGUAACCUAACCAAUAAAACUUCCAAUGUUGUUUAUAAGGAAGUUUUUGGUAAUUUAUAA